AUGUCCCGCGCGACUCCGACGCUCACCGUCGCCUUCAAAGAAGCGAACGGACACAAAGUCCACCUCGACUGCCACUUGCCGCCCGCGGAACACGUCAAGGAGGGAGGCAAGGGUGUACCCGUCGUCGUCUGGAUCCACGGAGGAGGCUUCUUUGACGGCGCCAGCUCCGACUGGUCCGACGUCAACCUCCAUGCGACCCUCUCUCGCGGCUGGGCCUUCGUCGCGCUCGACUACCGCCUCGUCCCGCAAGUCACGCUCGAAGACUGUGUGCAGGAUAUCCGCGGCGGGUGCGAGUUUGUCAGGAGCGGGAAGUUGGAUGAGGUGCUUGGAGGUGGAAAGGUCGAUGGGCAGAGGUUGGCGGUGAGCGGAUCCAGCGCAGGCGGCGCACUCGCAGUCUUUGCAGCGUACACCCUCUCGCCGCCUCCACGCGUCUGCUACUCGCUCUACGGCUGCGUCGACCUCCUCCACCCCUCCUACAACGCUCCCGUCCAGUUCCCCUCCGGCCACAUCCCCUACGACGAAGUCUCCUCUCACCUCGACCGCAACGGACCCGUCGUCUCGCACUCUCCCGCCGAAGUCAACUUUGCGACGAUGGAGGCGUUCAACCGCACUCGUGCGUGCUUCUACGCCAUCCAGGAGGGCAAGGUCCUCCCCUGGUCGACCCGGGUCGCCGAGCCUAUCGACUUCUCGAACCCGCCUGCCGAGCUCAAGCGCUAUGUCGGUACGGAGCUGGUCAAGAGUGCGAAGGAGCCGAAGAAGGAGCACAUCCCGCCUACGGUGUGCGUGCACGGGAGCGACGACUUGAUGGUUCCGUUUGCGCUGUCGGAGGAGUUGGUCAAGGUGCUCGAGGAUGCGGGUGUCGAUGCGGAACUCAUCGAGGAGAAGGGGGCGAACCACGGCUUCGACCUCAUCCCAGGCGUCUACGGCGACUCGACCAAGAUGCAGGUGUUUGAAAAGGCGAACGACUUUAUCGCCAAGUACAUUUGA